UUUGGCUACGCACCAGAAGUUCAACAGCCGCAGCUGAUAUCUAUACAAGGGUAGAUUGUCACAGGUUGCAGAAACAUGUUUGGCUGAAUGGUAGGCGCCUGCCGUACCAAUCAUAUAAUGCCCAGCACAAUAUUUGGAUGACAGCUCAUCGGAGGGUGGCAGUGCAAAUCGUCCUUUCACGAUUAACUUCGCCAGGCAGGCAGGCAGGCAGGCAGCAGGCUGAUCAGAUCAGGCUGAGGAAGCGCCGCCGUCCACACGCAGUCGCCCGUGCCGAAGCAGAGUGCCUCCAGCUGCAUAUCCUCUCUUCUUACUGCAACACACUCUCCACACCAUACUCUGCCUACUCUAUACUCUGCCUACUCUAUACCCUACCUAUGCUGUAAGUUAUCUGUGUGCGCGACGGCAUGGCCUCGGGCAAUAGACAGCCUCAGCUUAGCUGCGCCGACUACCACGUCGCGUGGAUCUGCCCGGUCGCGGACAUCGAGCUGCUGCCCGCGCAGUUGAUGCUGGACGAGGAGCACACUCCACCACCCUACAACACCCAUUACGACGAGAACACGUACCUCUGCGGCUCGAUCAACGGCCACGCUGUCGUCGUCGCGACCUGUCCGCAGGGCGAGACAGGCAACGUCAACGCCGGGCGGCUGACGGGAUCGCUGUUCAAGACGUUCCCCAACAUCAGGAUGGCCGUGCUCGUCGGCAUCGGAGGCGGAAUCGCUCGUGCGCCUGCCUCCGAGAAUUCACUCAACAACGUCCACCUUGGAGACGUCGUAGUCGGGUGGCCUGGCGACGGAAAGCCGGCCUGCGUCUACCACGACCGCGGGAGGGCCAAGGCGGGCGGCGAGUUCGAGAUGGUCGGCACUAUGCAGAACCCGGAUUGGCGGCUCACAAGCGCGCUAAGUAUGCUCUUGUUGGACUACAAACUACGCCGGACUAAGUUCCACGAUCACCUUGCGCGGUUGCGAGGCUUUGACGAGUUCGCGCACCCUGGCGUCGAGCACGACCGGCUCUUCAAAGCCAGCCAUCGCCACGUAGGUGGCUACGGAUCAGACUGCACGGCAUGCGAUCCCAACGAGCUUGUGCAGAGGCCUCUACGGACGGAAGACGACAAGAACAAAUUUGCCUUCCACCAAGGACGCAUCGCAACAGGGAACGCAGUCAUCCAGGACGCCGAGUUGCGGGAUACGAUCAGCGCACGAUGUGGCGGGGCGCUGUGCGUGGAGAUGGAGGCCGCGGGCGUUGAUGUCAACAGACGCUGCCUGGUCAUCCGUGGCAUCUCUGACUAUGCGGACUCGCACAAGAGCGACGUGUGGCGGUCGUAUGCGGCAGGAAAGGCGGCAGCCUUUGCUAGAGAGCUGCUCUGCAGGAUGCAGCCUGGCACGGUCAAGGAGAUGGAAGGCGUAGAUGCAGAUUUGCGUGAAGGACACUGGGCUGUCCCAUUCGUAAGGCCUUCAUCCUUCGCCGGCCGCGAGGCUCCGCUUGCGCAGCUUGACGAGCACAUAUCUAAAGAAGGCAGCCGUCGGCUUGCCAUCUACGGCCUCGGCGGGUGCGGAAAGACCGCGCUCGCUCUCGAGGCCGCGUACCGGACGAGGGAGCGGCAACCUGCGCGCGCCGUCUUGUGGGCGCCGGCAGUCAGCCGCGAGAGCUUCGAGCAGGCGUAUCGCGAGAUCGGAGAGCGUCUGGACAUUCCAGGCAUCGCCGACGACAACGCGGACGUCAAGCGGCUCGUCAAGGCAUGGCUGAGCAAUGAGAAGGUCGGGCAGUGGCUGAUGGUGGUGGACAACGCCGACGACGACAGCGUGCUGUUUGGCGCUUCUGACGGGACGAGCAGCGCAGACCGGCUGAUCGACUGGCGGCUGCGGUCAGGCUGGCGGAGAGCAACGUUGUAGCGC